UAUCUCGACAAAGCUUAAGGUAACCUCGACCUUUUCGAGGAUCUAAACAUGUUGGGUGACUGUCAAUUUUAAAUUGAUUGAAAAUAUGCACAGAAUUGGUAAUGACUAUAGCAAAGGCUCAAUUCCGUUCGUGUGAUCAUCGUGAGCAGCGUUCGAGAUUACAAAUCCGAGAUUAUGAAUCGCUUUCAAAACUUGUUUUGACCUGUACUUCAAGCACAACCUGCUUCAAACUUUCACCUGCUCACCUAGAAAUCGCUGCUUUCAUUCCUCUGCACACCAAGUUGCUGGUUUAUUUCAUUUCUCUUGCGCAAUUUUCUAGCUCAGUUGCUCAUUUCGUUCUGCUUUACCAUUUAGCAUGUUCUGGCAUUGUUGAUCAACUGUACUUUCCAUCAGUGGAGGUUCUCACUUCAUAUACAGUAUGUCGUAUUUCAGUCUUUAAUUUGCAAUGAUUAUAUCAUUGUCCUCCUGUCCUCGUAAUGCUCGUGUUCGCUCGAGGCUGGCCUCUUGUGGAUCUGCCGUGUCAAAGUUUAUAGAUAAGAAAUGGCCGCAAACUUACCUUACGAGCUGACCAAGUUUCAAGAACAUGCUCGGCUUCUCAAGCAAGUAAGAAGAGAAACGGACAGGGCAUUUUAUGAAAUACAGCAGUCCGGACACUUUCCAUCGCAGACCUUGCGCAACCAAAUGUUCAAUGCAGAUUUACAAGAAAUAUUCCUCUCAACACAGAAGCCUCCUUCAAUCAUUGUACUUGGUACUUCUUGCUAUGCCAAAGUUUGUACAAUAAAUGAACUAGUUGGGGAACCAGUUCUACCUAUGGUAGAUGAUCUAGACAAUUCUGUAACAUGGCGGAUGGUGCGAUUUAAACACGGAACACAUUCGACACUUAGCCUAGUUUUACCAGACAGCUUCGAGUUGGCGGCAGCACUGGAUGCAUAUGAAGGAUCAUGGAGGUCUGUCCCAAGGGCAGACUUGGAAGUUAAAGGAAGAGACAAGACAGACCCCGCAAUGACUGCUGCAGUAGCAGAGGUCUGCUUGGAUCACCCCCUACUCAAAACUGGAGCCGAAAUAAUCUGCGCACCGUCUAACGGAGAAGGGACGGUUGAACAAGUUUUCAAAUCAUGUGUCGAGGAUGUUCUGCCCAUUAUAAUUUUCUCAGUGGAUCAGCUGACACUGAGUGACAAGGAUAUCAGUGAGUUGGAGACAGUAAAAUCCUUCAUGCCAAACAUGCCAGUGUUUUUCAUCAGAGUGCCAUCAAGAUGUACCUUAGAACUGACAGAAUCAGCUCAAGAAGAAGUGAAGGCAAAUGAGCUUGCUGACGCUAGGAGUCAUCUAUUUGAACAGCUUUGCAACCUGGGCUACUUGAGCAGAGAGCCACUUGCUAACGAUCUUGUUGUUGAUGAUGACAAAUUUAAACUCAAGUCUUCCACUUCUCUUAUUACAAGCGUUUUACCAAAAAGCAGACUGAUAGAAGAUUUCUCCUUGUUUCCAUGUUUUUUAUUGUUUGUUCGACAAGUCCUUCAGUAUCACAUAAUACAGGCUGCGUGUCAUUUAAAUGAUGUACACUUGAAAUGUCUUGCAAUGUUUAUAGAAGCUGCUUUUGACAUGGCAAGAGACAUUAGUAUAACUCCAAAAAGACUUGCAUAUGCUAGGUCAAAAGAAGAGGAGCUUUUUAAGUCAUUAAUGGACAUUGCAAAUAGAAAGCAGGAAGAGAUUAAGGAUGUUAUACGUGACACAAUAGAAACUUUGACUCCAAGACUCCAAGAGGAAGCAUCACUUUUAAAGCUGAGGGAAGUGAAACUUAAUGAUAACUCUGAACUUCUAGAAAGCGAAGAUCUUGAAAAGUGUACCCUCCAGGUCCAAGAACUGGUAUUAGGCAAGCUAAACCAGACAGUAGCAAGCAAGCUUAUAAGUUCAGUUGAAUACCUGAAGGAAAGUUAUGUUGGAACGCUGACAAGAUGUUUGCAAAACCUGGAAAAGUCUGAUGCAGAGUUUGCAAAAGACAAUGGUACAAUCGCAUCUGGAGCACUUCGUCAGGUCUUAGAUGCGGCAUAUCAAGUGGAAGUGACCGUGGAGGCAAGUUUCUCAUUUACAAGGCUCUUAUGGGAAAAACUGAAACAGGCUAUCCAGACAUUGCCUGGAAAACCUGCCCCACGUGUCGAUGGUGAAUGGAAGAAGAAGGUUGCAGGUGAAAUGAUUCAAUCCAUUAGUGAAUCACGGUUGGCAAAAAAUAUCUGUGCACAGUUCAAGGCACGUCUGAUGAGGUCUCAUGAAUCAUUUUUACAUGCUUUGAGAAUCCUGGAAUUGCGUCAUUCUGGAAGGCUUGAGAAACGAGAAGAGCAAAGGAUCAAACUUCGAAAAGUGUUUGCCCCAAGGGUGGCAAGAUGUGUGCUGGACAGUACCUCACUGCGUGAUCUUGUACUUCAUGGAAUGCCAAUGCUUGGAAGGGAGGUUGGGCGUGGACAAUAUGGCGUUGUUUAUGCUUGUGAUAAGUGGGGUGGAAAGGGGCCAUGUGCAGUUAAGUCUGUUGUUCCUCCUGAUGACAAGCAUUGGAAUGACCUCGCCUUGGAAUAUUACUACACAAGGGCAAUUCCUGCUCAUGACCGGAUCGUACGUAUUAUUGGGUCUGUAAUCGACUACACGUAUGCUGGUGGAGCGUCUCCUGCGGUGCUGCUAAUAAUGGAAAGGCUGCAGCGCGAUUUAUAUGCAGGUAUUAAAUGCGGAAUGAGUUUUAGAAGCAGACUGCAGGUCGCCCUUGACGUCAUCCAAGGAAUAAGAUAUUUGCAUAGCCAAGGACUUAUUCAUCGGGAUAUAAAAUUAAAGAAUGUGUUGCUGGAUUCAAAGAACCGAGCCAAGUUGACCGACCUUGGCUUUUGCAAACCCGGUGCAAUGAUAUCCGGGUCAAUAGUAGGUACACCUAUACAUAUGGCGCCUGAACUGUUCUCUGGUAAAUACGACAACAGUGUUGAUGUUUACGCUUUUGGCAUAUUGUUUUGGUAUAUAUGUGCAGGGCACGUUAGAUUACCACUGGCCUACGAGCAAUGUGCAAGCAAGGAUCAGCUAUGGAAUUCUGUAAGGAAAGGGGUCCGCCCAGAAAGAUUAGCCCAUUUCGAGGAUGACUGCUGGGAACUGAUGGAGCAAUGCUGGUCGGGUGAUCCUAGCCUCAGGCCACUUCUUGGCGAGGUUUAUCCAACGUUAAGGAAGAUCAGAGAGCGAGUAGAGUUGAGAGAUGCACAGAAACGUGCAAACAAUCCCAAAUAUGGACCUUCCAGAUCACGAUCUUCCGCUAGUGGUCAAAGGCCGAGUAGCUCAGCCUCUAACAAGAAGACUUUUACGCCUGAUGAAGGUGUAGUAAAGUAGGUAAUGAUCUAUGUAGAGAAUGUAAAGGGUUUUUUGGUAUACAUUAUGUUUCUCUAAAUUAUUUAAAGAUCCUCGGUUUAUUCAUGCAUGUAUGCCUUCACCUCUUGCUAUCAAAUUAAAACUUUGUGGGGAAUAGUUUUCUAUCCUGUCCUGUUGUCAGUUCAUGUAAAUCUAUAUAUAAAAGGUGUUUAUGAUAUAGUGCUUAAUACCUUACGAAACCCCGUAUUUGGUUAAGGUUGUCACAGUUUGCCAUUGGUUUCUAGUUUGGGUAUGUCUACCAGAUAUCAGCUUUAGAGCAGUAGAGUGCCAGAGUUCAGAAAACGCCUUAACCUUCCCCCGGGUGAAAUUUGGCCCAAUUAGUCUAUCUCAAAUUCUUCCUUGUAUCUUUUGAAUAAAAUUGAAAUUCGUUGCAGCCUGCAACGUGGAAUAAGCCUCAUUCGGCUCACUGCCGUGGAACCGCAAUGUUUUCUGGACUCUGUUGAGAUCACAAUCGAAUCGGUGUAAAAUAAGCUAAAGAAUUACGUUCUAAAGAAUCUCAUAGGGCGGUGUUAUUUUAUUUCUUAUCGAGGCUGAGUUCGGCAACACUUAAGCUUAAAAUGCUUUGCUAUAUGCAGUACAGAUUAAAUGAAACAAACUUUUGACAUAGACGAAACGUUGCUGUGUAGCCUUGACAAGUGGAUUCCUGCACCCUACCAUCCUUACAAAGAGGCUAAAUAAUGUUAUUUGAGCUACCUGACGUUUUUUGGCCCCCUGAGAGCAUGCUCUGUUUGUUUCUAUUUCUCCAUGGAGGUAUAACGUGUCGUUUUUAUUUUGCUACCUUUGUAUUGUGUACAUCAAUUUCGAGUGUAUUCCAAAAGUAUUACAUGGGAGACUUUCAUUCUACCUCAGAAAAACUUGAACAAAGUCGUCAACAAGAAAUUUUUGAAGCAAGAAAAACUCAACCAUUAUUUCUUAUGGUUUAAGAAGGUUAGUUUUAGGUGUUUUUUAUCUUUAUAUAUCCUUGGCCCUUCCUUUAAACUAAGGCGCAUGAGAAGUUCGACGUUUAACUUAGGCCUUAGAGUUUUAAAUUCAAAGCAGAUAGUUUAAAACUGACAACCUUUGGAUAUUGUUCUGGUAUUUGGGUAACACUUUUAAGGACAGUGGACAUAGCGAAACCAGAUAAGUAAUACUAUGGUAAUACGAAUAGGCGAUCGAUUAUUUCCUGAUUCUAGUCAACCAGCUCCGUGGCAUGUAUGACAUCAGGUUAAUUGGAUACCUUUUCCGGGUUGCAAUGCCCGCCCUAUCAGCAAGAAGUAGCAUAGGCAAAUAGACUGAGAUAUUUCGAUAACCAAGUUACCAUGUCAAGAUAAUGUAGCUACUUUAAUUAUAAAAUUUAAUUAUUUGCUAUUGGAUAAAUAUAUUAUUGUUAAUCAUUACUUUUUAUAAGUUAUCAACCGGGUUUUUACUACACACAACACAUUUAUAAUUGUUCUUGUAGUUAUCGUUAAAUUAAAAUUUUAAUUCGCAAUUAAGAGUUUGUUUUUCAAUUGUA